AUCAUUGAUUUCAGACAUGAGAGCAAUGCUGCCUUUGCGGCGGAUGCUUUCGCUCGUUUGGAAGGUGUGGGAGUGGCUGCCGUAACCGCUGGGCCGGGUGUCACUAACACAGUCACGGCGGUGCAGAAUGCUAUGAUGGCAGAAAGCCCUCUCAUCAUUCUGGGCGGUGCCACAUCAACGCUGCUGAAGGGGAGGGGCUCAUUACAGGACAUUGACCACAUCGCCAUCAUGAAACCCAUCACCAAAGCAUCUCUCACGUGCUCUCGUGUGUGUGAUCUCAGCACAACGCUGGAGAAGGCUAUCAAUAUCGCGCUGUCCG